AUGUCACCAACUAAAGUUCUCAAAGACAUGACAGUCGAACUUCAGUUCACUCUUCCACCAAAUAAUAAUCCGGUCUCUUUAAAGUUGAGCGUGAAGAAAGGACAACUCCUGGUGGAUGUAGUUCGCCAUUUUAUGAACGAAAAUAAUGUGCCGUGUUACUUGGAGAUUUCUGUGUUGUCAGUUGUCGAGUCAUUACUUAAAGGAAGUUGGCGCGGUGACGUUGAACGAAAUGGAAAAGUCACGAAUGACAGACAAGCAGAAGAAGUUCGAAAAGAACUCAUUGAAAAAUAUCAAAAACACACAGUGCGAUAUAAUGAUACACCUACAGAGGACAUAUUUCCAAAAGCGUAUCACACGCUUGUACAUUCCCCUGUUCCGUCGAUUUUCGAUAUUUUAUUACAACUAGAACAAAGUUUCAGUCAAGCAAUGAAUGAACAAUUGGAAACACGAGAACGAGAAUUGAGUGAAAUACGCCAGAGACACGGAAGAGAGAUGGACAGACAUGCGAGAGAGAUGGAAAACAAUGAUGCUGAAUUUGAGUUCGCCAGGAUAGUAUCGAGACAUGUGGAAGAACUUGAAAUAGCACAAGCAAUGUGGGCAAGUAAAAUCGAUGAAUUGCAACGUUCACAAAAACGUGAAUACUGUGAAUUUGUAUUAAAACUAUACGAGGCGCAUCAACGUCUCUUGAACCAAAAUUCCAACGAUCCAUCAUGGAGCUAUGGAAUAAAUGGAAAAGAUAUUGUGUUGGAUGUGAUCAAUGAACUAAAAAGUCAGCAGCCGAAACUCUCGAAAGAAAUGCUAGAAAUGGAUAAUCACGAAAGUUCAAGUCGUAGUCGACAUGGAAGUAUCAGUUCGCUGGCAGAUUUGAUGGUUUCCCCGACUUUGAUGACGCCACCAUCGCCUCGAUUUCCGAUAGGCGAUGAGAAAAAGUCGGUUUUCUUCGUGGAAGAAGAUCCGGCCUUUCAAGCAAUGAUAACUUCAAUUAAAGAGAUUGGGUUUAAUGCGGAGCAAGCAAAAAUGGCUCUUGAGAUGACAAAUCGUAAUAUGGACCAAGCUGUAAACCUCUUACUAGAACAACUCGGCAAAAUAGAUGCCCAAAUAGCAGCCGCCAAUGCAGCUGCUCCCGCUCUACCAAUACGACGACCGUCAAUUCCCAUCUCUGGCAAAGACCAGGAAAAGCAAGCCAAUCGACGAAACAAAUCUCACGCACGAAAUCUCUCGUUAGCUAUUCAAAAACCAGAAAAAAAACAAGGCUGGUCUCCCCUUUCAUUUUUGCAGGAACGCAAACAGUCCAUGCUAACUUCUAAUAAUAAUUCGACAGCGAGAAAGUUUGGUAAUUGGCUUGGGAAAGCAAUGGAGAAUUUUGGAUUGGAUGAUGGUAAUGAAGACGGUGCGCGUGGUCCAUUAGCAGAUACCCAACUGGUCGAAUCAUUUACAAUCUCGCUCGGGAAUCAAGUCAAAUCUACACACAAUCUUCGCUUAUUGGUCUCUGAUAUGGAUGAUUUGUUAAAAUCGUCGAAUGACCCUGCGCGUGAUAUGGCUUACCGAGCACAAACUGCCGCAAAUUUAUAUUCACAGGAUUUGACGGCUGUCGUUUUGUUGCUGACGCCGCAAGACUGGCCAAAAUAUAAAUUGGGAAAAAGUGCAAAUAAAGCCUUCUUCGAACGAUGUAAAAAAUCAACGGAAUUUCAUUUUGAUGAUGUUGAAACGCAAUUGAAAGCGAUUGAGGAAGAUUAUCCGAGUACUGGUAACCUAGAUGCUCCUUCAAUACGAGAAGGCGACUUUUUCAUUACCAAACAUUCAAAUUUACCAUUAAUCCAUAUUGUAUUUCAUUUGGUUAUUGAUUUCGAAUCACUCCAAAAGUCCGAACUAAACCAGCGCUCUCCCGGAAUCGCCGGUCUUCGCAACAUCUUACGCACAGUCAACCGUUUCGACAUCACUAGCAUCUCUAUCCCAUUCCUACUGCUCCCGUCGAACGUCGACGCGUUCUCCGAUCCAAACAUCGAAAAGAAAAUGUAUAAUCGCGGCGAAUUAGUGCUAAAGUGCACCAAAGGAUUCAUGAUUGAAAACUCGCGAGUUCCGAAACAUAAUGUCGCGGAAAAAGAACAAGAAACUAAAACUGUACAAUUUCUGUUGCCAAAGAGUGCAACGGAGCAGCAGUUUCACGCGUUUAGGCAUUUGUUGACUAGCAUUUUCAGAGCGAGUUGA